CCGUUUUUGACCGCUCGAUAAUGGAUGAAUAUUACGUUUUCCUUUGUCUGUGUUUGAGAAAUAGACUUGUUACAGAGAAAGUGGAUGUACUCUGUUUGCUUUUGGAAACCUUCGGACUGUCUAACAGAUGUGAUUCAAACACAGCAGACUGUGAUGGUAAAAGUAGGAGAAGAUGUUCAUCUCAGCUGUCAGCUCAUGCAGACUAAAGAUGUUCUUCAGGUCACCUGGCAGAAAGAUUUACCUGAGGGGAAGAAGAAUAUUGCCACAUACAGUGAACACUUUGGACAAACAGUGAAUGAUGGUUUUAAGGGUAAACUGGAGUUUAAAGAUGCUGGACUGAAGAACUGCUCCAUUGUUAUCAGGAAGGUGAUGGAGCAGGAUGAAGGCUGCUAUCUCUGUUUGUUUAACACAUUUCCUGAUGGUUCUCUGACAGGAAGAACCUGCCUCCAUCUCUAUGAGCUGCAUGAUCCCAUUCUACAAAUCAGAGAAUCAAACUCUGGUGAAGAGACAGUUGUGUCCUGCUCGGCCACAGGUCGUCCUGCUCCCACAGUAACUCUGAAUGUCCCACAACAAGACCUCUACUUCUCUAACAGCAGCACAGUCAGUGUCACCAACACCAACGCUACAGUCACUGUCACCACUACAGCUGUGCUGUCUGGUUUCCAUGGAAAUGGCGCACAAGUUGGAUGUGCAGUAAGACUGCUCUCAGUCCCUCAAAUUCAGGUGUUUAAAACGAUUCCUGCAGUCAAUCAAUCAUCUGAUGAUGGUGAGAAACACUUCCAAAACCACUGA